UCGAGACUUUCCGGAGCUGGGAAUUGCCGGUCCCUUGGUUUUUUUUGUCUAUGUCUUGUUGGGAGACCUGGUGGAUAUUUCUUGCUUUCCUGAAGGAAGAAGCAGCUGGUAUUGGCGGUUGCCUCCUUAGUCUUUGGCGGACGGCAAAGGAAGAAAAGGGAUCUGGCUUGAGCUGCACAGCGACGAGAGAGCCUGGACAUGUGUCAGCACAUCUGGGGAAUAGAGGCUACGAGUCCAAAAGGAGAUUUUCUGGGAUUGUUCAAACUGCAAUAUUGAUCUUUGCUGUGUUUUUUCACCGAGGGAUGCACUUGGCAUGAGAAUCGGAGGAUGGAAAUUGUUUGGGAGGUGCUUUUUCUUCUGCAAGCCAAUUUCAUUGUCUGCAUUUCAGCUCAGCAGAAUUCACCAAAAAUCCAUGAAGGCUGGUGGGCUUAUAAGGAGGUGGUCCAGGGAAGCUUUGUUCCAGUUCCUUCCUUUUGGGGUUUGGUGAAUUCAGCUUGGAAUCUUUGCUCCGUUGGAAAACGGCAAUCACCAGUCAAUAUAGAAACCAGCCAUAUGAUCUUUGAUCCCUUCCUUACCCCACUUCGAAUAAACACAGGGGGUAGAAAGGUCAGUGGAACAAUGUAUAAUACAGGGAGGCAUGUUUCUCUACGCCUGGAUAAAGAACAUUUGGUGAAUAUCUCCGGAGGGCCCAUGACAUACAGUCACCGACUAGAAGAAAUACGGUUACACUUUGGCAGUGAAGACAGCCAGGGAUCAGAACAUCUGUUGAAUGGACAAGCUUUUUCUGGGGAGGUUCAACUAAUCCACUAUAACCAUGAGUUAUAUACAAAUGUCACAGAAGCUGCAAAAAGUCCCAAUGGCUUGGUGGUAGUUUCUAUAUUUAUGAAAGUUUCUGAAUCAUCAAAUCCAUUUUUAAAUCGUAUGCUUAACAGAGACACCAUCACAAGAAUAACGUAUAAAAACGAUGCAUACUUACUGCAGGGACUUAAUAUUGAGGAACUUUAUCCUGAAACCUCUAGUUUCAUUACAUAUGAUGGGUCCAUGACAAUUCCACCCUGCUAUGAAACAGCAAGUUGGAUACUAAUGAACAAACCUGUCUACAUAUCAAGAAUGCAGAUGCAUUCUUUACGGUUACUAAGCCAGAAUCAGCCUUCACAGAUUUUUCUGAGUAUGAGUGAUAACUUCAGACCAGUCCAACCUCUCAACAAUCGAUGUAUCCGAACAAACAUCAACUUUAGUUUACAAGGGAAAGAUUGCCCAAACAAUAGAGCACAGAAACUACAGUAUAGAGUAAAUGAAUGGCUCCUGAAGUAA